AUGGCACUUUCGCCCCUCAGCGAGCUGGGCCGGCCUGCCAUUCAGAGCGAGGGACGCCCCCGAAAGGAUCAUAGUGAGCCCUCUUUACAACGAAGAAUCGACACCGACUUCCUGGCGCAAGGACGGGAGCGUUACGCUGUGCUUCCAUCCCAUCUACACGGCGCAUGCAUGCUCAUCGCCGAGCUGCGCAAUCCGAUAUCCCCGCAUUGUCCUACCUGCUGA